AUGCAUCCGCUUGACGAUGAUGACAGCGUGAUCUGUCAGCUUGUGUUCUCUACUUCACUCGCACGAAAGCGCGUGGCUGGGACAUAUCGAGCAGCGAAUGCAAAGACGGAAGUUAUCGCAGAGAAAUCAACAAACGCAUCCAUUGAGGUUCAUCAUGCACAUCAAAUAGCAGAGAUGACACCGAAGGAUCAAACAUGGUUGCCGAUAAGUACGAGACAAGUAGCGCAAGGCCUAGACAAUAUGCGCCAGACUGUCGUGAGAAAUGCCAACAGCAUGCGGUUGGCACGAGCAUUAUUCCCGCCAUCAGCUUGA